GAAAAAUUAAGUACACAGGCUCAAACUUUAAAACGAUAUUUGCGAAAAGAUUAUGUUACAAAACUUACAGUUAACUCAUUAGGCCAUGCUGUUCACGAUCCUUGUAUAAGUCAUUGUUUAAGACAUGCAUUUGGAGAUU